CCUCCUACUCUUUCAUCGUCAUCUUCCUCCUCCCCCCGCUUCCUUUCCACUCUGGACGCAUUCCCUUUGCAGCGACAAAGGAAUCUCUCUUUCCUUCCCUCCCUCCCCCGUCUCUCUCACGUUAUUCCCCUCCUCCCAUCCCCCGAUUCCUCCCUGUCGUCGCCAUCACAAUCAUAUAUGUAAUGCAUGUGCGUGCGUGUAUAUAUAUAUAAUUGCCCGAGCUUUUAGAGAUGCCUUAUCGUCGAGCCGCCGCCCCCUCCCCCAUCAUCCUCCUCCUCCUCCUCCUCAUCUCCACCUCAAUCCCUUCCUUUCCAACCCCCCCUCUCCUUUAUUCCCCUCUCAAAGGUCCUUUUCUUCCUCCCUCCCUCUCCGUGGUGGAGUCGCCGCUCCCGUCCUGGCCGCCGCAAUGGAUUCUUCGGACUCCAGCUACGUCUCCCGGCCUCGCGCAUAUGGACAUACAGCUCCAUCAUAUCCUUGGAGAAGGUCACGCUUCAUGAGGUGGCUCUGCAAGUUUUUCAAAGGAACAGGUUGUAGAGUGUCAAAUGGACGCCAUUCACAUCUAAUUGGGGGAGAGAGCAUGUUGCAUAGACCAGUUAAACCAGCGGAUGACCAAUCUAAAGAUGCAAAUGAAGACCUGGAUCAUGCAAAUGCACUUUCUCUUGUCGAGGAUGCCAAGAAACCCAAUGCUCCAGGAUACAGGGGCCAGGGAAUUGAUGAUGACGAGCUAGCUAAAGCUAUCCAAGAAAGUCUGAGCAUGCCCUCCUAUCAACCAUAUCAACCUGUGCAGUUUUUACCAAGAGGAUACAGGUUUGAUUUUGUCAUUCAUCUUGGUCUAUAUGCUAUCUUGCUAUGGCACAUCACCACACAACUAUGCCUGUGCAUUGUGUCCUGCAGAAUUUGUGGAGGCUGUCACCAUGAAAUAGGCUAUGGACAUUACUUGAGCUGCAUGGGAACAUUUUGGCAUCCACAAUGCUUUCGGUGUUAUGCUUGUGGUCAGCUUAUCCGUGAGACUGAGUUUUCUUUGUCAGGCACCUACCCAUACCACAAGUCAUGUUAUAAGGAGUUGCAUCACCCCAAAUGUGAUGUCUGCCAUGAAUUUAUCCCAACAAACAGGGCUGGUUUAAUUGAGUAUAGAGCUCACCCCUUUUGGGGCCAAAAGUAUUGUCCUUCACAUGAACAUGACCACACACCUCGAUGCUGUAGUUGUGAGAGAAUGGAGUCAAGAAACACAAGAUAUAUCUAUCUAGGAGAAGGCCGUAGCUUGUGCCUGGAAUGCCUUGAAUCUGCUAUCAUGGAUGCUGGUGACUGUCAACCCCUGUACCACUCAAUUAGAGAUUAUUAUGAAGGAAUGAACAUGAGAAUAGAUCAACAAAUUCCCAUGCUUUUGGUUGAAAGGCAGGCGCUUAAUGAGGCCAUGGAAGGGGAGAAAUAUGGUCAUCAUCACAUGCCUGAAACAAGAGGCUUAUGUCUUUCUGAGGAACAAACCGUCAGCAGUAUACAUAAAAGGCCAAGAAUUGGGGGAAACAAAAUUCUGGACAUGCGGACACACCCACAAAAGUUGAUCCGUAGAUGUGAAGUCACUGCAAUUCUUGUUUUAUAUGGCCUCCCCAGACUAUUAACAGGUUCAAUUCUUGCUCAUGAAUUGAUGCAUGGUUGGUUACGUCUCAAAGGCUAUCGUGAUCUAAGCCCUGAGGUGGAGGAAGGCAUCUGCCAGGUUCUCUCCCACAUGUGGCUCGAAUCCGAGAUCAUGCCAGGUUCAACGAGUGUGCCAUCCUCAUCAAGUUAUGCUCCAUCUUCAUCAUCCGCAAUGCCAUCAUCUAAGAAAGCAGCAAAGUCUGACACCGAGAAAAAACUAGGAGAGUUCUUCAUGCACCAAAUUGCUCACGACACUUCCACUGCCUAUGGCGAAGGCUUCAGAGCUGCUAAUGCCGCCGUCAACAAGUAUGGGCUUCGUCGAACCCUUGAUCAUAUACACUUCACAGGAGCUUUCCCUGUGUGAAAGGCAUUGGCUUAGUCCCAUAAUUUUUCAUGGGGAGCCAAAUGGGUGGCAUUGCUUUAUGUUGCGAGCAAAAUAAGCACUUGUAAACUAAGCUUGGAAUGAUGUCUUAAAAUAAGCAACGUUUGUGACUGAGAGAUGCUGUGAUUGCUGCUCAUUCAAACAAUCAUAUAUUCUGUCACAACUUGCAUGGGAGGAAAGAGGCUGAAUGAGAUGUUCAGUCACAUUUCAUACUUGUUAUCAUCUGUCAUUGCUUUUCGGUACA